AUGAUCUAUGACCUUCCGUUAACUUUAAGGUCUGGGACGAUUGCUAAAAGGCUUGGUUAUAUCUUGGGAAACUUUGAAGAAAUGGAUAAAAAGGAUGUACAUCGAAAUGGUAAAUUUUUGAGGAUUAAAGUCAAGAUGAAUCUGAAGAAUCCUUUGAAAAGGGGGACGGUUGUUCGAUUCAAGGAGAAAGCCCACAAGGUUUUCUUCAAAUAUGAAAGGCUUCCUACUUUUUGUUUCAUUUGUGGGAGACUGUGGCAUCAAUUGAAAGAUUGUGAAGCGAGUUGUGAUCUGUGCGAUGAAGAGUAUGAGGAACUCGAGGAGUAA